CGUGUUUGUUUCGCUUUCUUAAUAAAAACGCUGUUGUGAAAUAACGCCUUGCCCGCCCUGUUGGUGGUUCGUGGACGAGUUUAGAAGCUGUGCCGUGCUGCUUUUAGGCGGGGGAAGCAGAUCACCUAUUGGUAGAAGGCUUGGCUGUCGCAACAAAAAAAGUGAACGUGCCAUUGUGCUUGUUGAUAAAUAAUUAUGAUGAAAUCGAUUGCAACGCUGAUGCAAAGUGGUUCAGUGCGUUGCAACAGUGAAAGCAUAUGAGCAAGCCCUUCUUAUUCUUCCGCUGUGAAGGUCGACCGAGGCGUUUUAUCUCGUUUCGAUGGACUCAUUUUUUGACCUUUUCGACCCGUCACCGUCAUCGGGUUCGAACAGCGACUCCGACCUGCGGAAUGGGAAUGAUGACGAUAGUAACGAGCGGAUCGAAACCAUCAUAUACAGCAGCAACGAGCUGGAGCUGAAGGGUAUCGACUUCAACCGUGGCUUCCUGCCGCCCGAGCCCCAGCUGGGCAACAUUGAGUACAAACUAAAGCUGAUCAAUCCUUCGAAGCAACGGUUCGAGCAUCUGGUGACACAGAUGAAAUGGCGGUUGCGGGAAGGAAACGGUGAAGCAAUCUACGAAAUCGGUGUAUCCGAUUCGGGCCAUCUGCACGGACUGAACGAUGAGGAUAUGACCGUGUCGUUGCACACGCUCAACCAGAUGGCCCGAAAGCUGGACGCUUCGACCAGCAUCCUGCGGCGGAAAAGUCUAGCCGACCAUCGAAGCGUCGUGGAGGUGCUGGUGCGCAAAAUUCCCGACGAUCAGCACAACAUAGAGGUGCGUGUCGCUGUGCUGGGCGGUGCCGAUGCGGGUAAGUCAACCCUGAUCGGGGUGCUAACGCAGGGCGAAUUCGACAACGGGCGUGGACUGGCACGGUUAAACAUGUUCCGGCACAUGCACGAAAUACAAACAGGCCGUACGUCCUGCAUAUCACACGAAACGCUUGGCUUCGAUGCGGAGGGCAGCGUUAUUAACUACAAGUACAACGAGAUGAUGACGGCGGAAGAGAUCAGCGACCGGUCGACGAAGCUCGUCACCUUCAUGGAUUUGGCCGGGCACCGGCGCUAUCUGAAAACGACCGUACAGGCCCUGUCCGGGUACUGUCCGCACCAUGCGCUGAUUGUGAUAGCGGCCGGUAACAUUAGCAACAUGACACGGGAGCAUCUGGCGAUUAUUCACGCGCUGGACAUAUCGUUCUCGAUUAUCGUCACGAAGAUUGAUCUCGCUCCGCCCGAACCGAUCCUGUUCGAGCUGAAGAAUUUGCUCACCUCGAUCGGAUACCGGAAGGUACCGUACUUAAUUGCCAACCAGGACGACGUGCUGAACGCGAACGCGCACCAAAGCGUGGAACAGAUCGUGCCCAUCUUUUGUGUGUCGAAUGUGACCGGCGCCGGGCUGGAUUUGCUCAUCCAGUAUCUGUACGUGCUGUCGCCGGGCAUUAGCAACGCGGAGAAGGAACGGCUCGAGCAGCAGCCGAUCGAGUUUCAGAUUGAUGAAAUAUUUCGCGUCUCCGAGGUGGGAACCGUGGCCGGCGGGCUGCUCUGCAAGGGCGUACUCACCGAGAACAGCCAGGUGAAGGUGGGCCCGUUACAGGACGGGUCGUUCUUUUCGGUCACCGUCCAAACGAUUCACCGCAACAAAGCACCAUGCCGUGUGGUGCGAGCGGGUCAAAGUGCUUCACUGUCCUUCAGCACCGUCGAGCCAAUGCCUGCGCUACGCAGCGGAAUGGUCAUACUGCCAGACUAUGAAAGCAAUGAUGUAGCCUGUGGGUGCUUCUUCUUUCAGGCACAAGUGUCCGUGUUGUUUCACGCAACACGAAUCUUUAAAGGAUUUCAGACUACCGUACACAUCGGUAGCAUUCGCCAGACGGCCAUCAUCGAGGGUAUCAUGGGCGCCGGGGACACGGGCAUCGGUACAAACCAAUCCGCCUCGGUACUGUUCCGGUUCGUGCGACAUCCGGAGUACGUCCGUCCCGGGAUGCGAAUACUAUUUCGUGAAGGUACCAGCAAAGGCAUCGGGAAGGUAACGCAGGUAUUCCCGCUGAAAAAACCACUCAACUCCACCGGCUAGGGCUGUGCAGAAACCUAACUAACUAACUUGCAUGUAACGUCGAUUGCACCGUUACAACUUACAUGAAUGUAUAAAAUGACGUAUGAAUAACCUGAACUUAGCGUGACGAUUGAAUUGGAAAUAAAAUUUCUGUGAUUUUAAACAUGUUGA